AUGGUGCAUAUGAACGAACGGAUGGCUCAUGGAAGGCUCGCUGCCAUGAGGCCAGCUACCGGACCCCUGAGAGAGGCAGAAUGCUCAGUAGAAGGUCACAGCAUUGAGCUAUACGAGGAUUUGAAGGAACUACAUGAUCGAGUUCUUGCCUCCAAUUGGCACGAUUCCAUUUCUAUGAUCAUGAACGGCGAUAUCUUGGAGGCACGCCUGACGCAACUUAAGAGAUUGGCAGAGGAUGUCCCAGAUAUGCAAGUACAGGUGAUGCUCAGCAAAACUCUAGAACUAUUCGAUGCACUAUACAAGGCUGAAGAUCUCCAGGAUCACAUAUUCGAGCUGAUCGAGGAACUUCCACACUUCGGAGGCAAACCCGCAUCGGGAAGCCCAGUAGCAGCCGGAAACAUCGACAAACACAUCAAAUUAGUUCUGGAAAGAUACGCCCAACUUAAAAAAGAACACCCAAGAUAUACUGCAAAGAUACAAGAUUCAGUCGGUUAUACCCUCGCAUUAUUGCGACAAAGGUAUACAUUCAGCUGGCCAGAGGAACACAAAUACUUCUACUAA